GGGCGAACAACAUUUCGAAAUGAUGGAUUCCAUGUCUCAUUCAGCUGCUAACGCGUGUGUGCAGACGAAGGGAGGUAACCUAUUCCAAUAAUUCGGUCACGAAUGUAAACAAGCCAGUUAUCAGCUGAUGAGCGCAUGGCUGUGCAUAAGCCACAACUGUUCGCCACGAUAACAAAAUAUACGUACAAAUGUUCUUCCAUGUGUUAACACCUGGAUUUCUGGUCACGUGUACAAGCAUUUAAAUUUCUUUGUUUGGUCAAACAGGCGGAAUUUUGAUGAAGCAACACUGGCAUAGUGAGGGCUACGUUAAUUUUCACUUUAUAUAGAACACAGAGGAAAGGGGGUCACGUCUGUACAAGGCCAACUGAUUAGGACUAUCUCAGUAGUGUAAGAGAGAGGAGACUGGCGUUUUGCUUAAAGAGAAAAAAGUCAUAAUGACCCAUAAAACGAACGACACACUGUUGUUUGACGCCAUUUUCUCUGGUGACAAGGUCAAGGUCAUGGAGCUGGUGGGGUUUGGUCUGGACAAGAACUCCGUGCUGCACUGUCCUGCACGCUGGGAGGGCGCCACAGUAUUGGGGGCAGCUGCAUGUUUAGGUCAUAUCGAAAUUGCCCAGUAUUUACUAGAGGAAGGCGCGCCGGUGAAUUUUACCGACCCAUGCACGGGUCGGAGCGCUCUCCAUUGGGCCAUCAUAGGCGAUCAGUACCAAAUGGCUAAAUUAUUGAUAAAGAAUGGCGCAGAUACCAACAUUGUUGACAAAGAGUCUAUCACGCCGUUACUUCGUGCAACAAUAGGAAGGAACUAUGACUUGACGAAACUACUUCUUAAAAACGGAGCCGACGUUAACAGAAAAGAUGCUCUGCAAUGUUCCGCGUUGCAUUACGCAUGCGUCCACGGCGAUCCGACCCUUGUUGACCUUGUAAUAAAGGGAGGCUGUAUUCUGAACAACAAAGCCGUUAUUGGUAAAGGCACACCACUUGCGAGUCUUAUACACCACAAUGACACUGAGUCCAUAACUUUACUGAUUGACGCCGGAUAUGAUCUUUCUAAUGAAAAUUGGCUUAAAAACCACAUGAGCUUGAAUUUUAAUGCCAAUAUUAUUACACAGAUGUUGGUUCAAAGUCAACAAAAUCCGUCAACACUCCGCACGUAUUGUAGAAAUGUGAUAAGGAAACAGAUGGGAGGGAGGAACGUACAGAAGAAAAUAAACACUUUGAAUAUUCCACCAGUUUUAAAAUCGUGCCUGUUGUUACAAAAUUGACAUGCUGGUGGUGCACCUGUAUGUUGUAUCCACUA